AUGUCCCGGCCCCAGGUCGGUAUCGAGAGGCUACCCACGCGCCGCUUGACAAACGAGCCGCGGGAGUCGAUGAACUGCAAAUCCUGCCGCAAGCGCAAGCGCAAGCUGAUCGGGGGCCGAUAUCGGACUGUUGCCAUAGAUGCUGUCCCAAAGAAGAGAGGGCCAAAGACAGACGUCUUAGAGGCCUUGUUGAAAAGGGUUGACGGCUUAGAGCAGCAAUUGAAGGACAAAAAAAAGGAAGAUCACAGCAAUGAGGACGAGUCAGGCAGUAGCGGAACUAGCAAAAGCGGAUCUGGAAAUGGACCAUCGCCAUCUGCCGAGAACGAUGCGACGGCUUCAUCCUCCGUCGACGACGUUCCGGAUACGAUUCACGCCGACGUAGCUGGUACUGGGACAAGAGGAACUUCAAAAAAGCGCAAAAACCCCUUGUCGAGUGCUGGCAAAAACCCCGUUAAUGACCCCGAAGGCUCUGUGUGUGACCAGUUGCCACAGUCUAUUGGAGACCCAAAUCCAGUGGUGCAGACGGAAGCGCUGCUCGAAACAUCUACACCACAUCCAAAUGGCUACCAGGCAGCUGUCAGCAUGGGCGAGGCCUAUGUGCAGCGCGCGCGAGCCGAAAUAGAAAUGGAUGAGCCUACCGUAGACGGUCUCCAAGCCCUCCUACUCCUCACCUUAUCGUUUAAUGCUUCCGGAAAAGGAAAAAAAGCGUACAUGCUGCUAACUAGCGCGAUCGGCAUGGCCUUAGCCCUGGAGCUUCACCGCGAGAUGGAUGUUCAUAUAAGAAUCAUGCCCGCCGAACGUGAGAUGCGGAGGAGGCUCUUUUGGACCAGCUACCUGCUCGACCGCUUCAUGGCCUGCGGCUCAAGGCGGCCUUCACUCAUUGGCGACCGAAAUAUUCUUCUCCGCUUGCCUUGCUGGUCCCCGUCCCCAAACUCUAUGCCGGUCGAAGGAGACUUUUUCCAGAGCGACUCCAACUUGCAAUACCUCCAAGGCGGCGGUGGAGGUAAGAAGUCGCAAGGAAGCAGCGGAAUGCUGAUUGAUAUUACGCGCAUUCUGGGCAUCACAAAUCAGUACAUGGCUGCUGGCGGAGUAAAGGGCGAUUCCCACUUUCCUUGGCAUUCGCUCUCAAACCUUUCCAAGAUCCGCCACGACCUGGACGUCUGGGCCUCGGGCACACAAGACAUAUUUUCUAGUGUUGCGUCGCUCUUUAGUCAGCCCGACUCGACGUCUCUUGUCCUCAGCAAACUCGUCUACCAUCUCAUCCACUGUCUCAUAUACCGGCCCUUCUUGCCCGUCGAUCUAGCCGAGCUGGCAGGGACUGGCCAGCAUCAGUCAUGGCAGAUCGAGGCCACAAACAUGUGUUUCUUGCAUGCAAAUGCCGUUGCCGAGCUGGUAGAGCUCGGAAAGCAAAUGCCCGAUGUGGAGUGGCCAGGCUUUGUCGGCUACUGCAUCUGCACUGCCGGAACCGUGCAUAUCCACGGAGCCCAUUACAACAAAGGCACCAACUCAAACGAGAUGAGCGUGUUCGCAUCCUCGGCUGAGUUUCUGUCUCGUGAGAUGCAGCAGUUGAAUGAGCUGCGGUAUGCGUGGGCUGUCGUGCAGCACCAUCGCCAAACGCUGCAGAUGAUCUACAACACCCACACGGAGCUCAUCAAGAGCCUAGCGACCAACCCGAUGCGCUACACUUCCGUAUUUCAUCUAGACGACUUCUUCGACCGCUAUUCAAACAUCACCGGCCCGGCGAGUUUGUCGUCCAAUUUUGACUCUGCCAAUCUCAGUCUGACUGACAUCGUCGUUGACUACGCCCCUGACCAGCACGUCAGCCAUGACCUGUAUAUGUCGAAGCUGAACCUUACUAACGGCAAGGUGAAUGGUACUGGAAGCAGUUCUUCCGACAUCAAAAAUAACUUUAUGAACGCCGUUGUCGACCGUCCGAAUCUGAAAAGGAAGCUCACAGGCACUGUUGCAGCGCCGAACAUCACAGCUUCCAACUCAAACGGCAGCAUGUCUCUGCAAGCGCCCCGCAGUAUAUCGAUUCCAGGACAGAAUCAACAACCUUAUGCUGUCUCAUCAUUCUUGCCACCGUCUGCUGAGGACUUAUUGGCGUCUCCUGGCUCUAUGGCUCCGGUUCUACCCCACUCCGACAGCUCUGCCGAUUGCUCUCACACUGAACCACAGUCCCCAACGGCCAAAAACGCGAGGUUUUCACAGCAACAACAGCAACAAUCCUCGGCAACUACGUUUAGCCCUGAGUUCAACUUCUCGGCUUUAGCUAGUGGACCCUCAACAGCGGGCGGGACUGGUGGCGGGCUUAGCGGUUACGACCCCAUGUUUGGUACGCUUCAGGAAAAUACCUUUCCCACCCCAUCGUUAUGGCCACCAGAGGAUGACACAGGGUCCAUCAAGGCGGUUGGCGUGCUCCAGAGUCCUGGUGGCCAGAGCAAUGGCGACAGUGUCGGCGGCACAACGGCAAGCGAAGAAAAAGAUCCGUUCCUGAGCCUGCUUGAGCAGUUUGGGCGGAGAAUGAGUAUGCGCGUGGUGCUGGGAAUGAGCUGGACUUUUUCCUGA